CGCGUGGCCGACUCCGACGUCCCCAAGCGGCACGAGAACGACAUCAGCCUGGAGCGCGUCCCCAAGGACCACCCCUACAUCAAAUACAAUGUGCUGUGGGAGGAGGGCAAGGCCGCCCUGGAGCAGCUCCUCAAGUUCAUGGUGCACCCGGCCAUCUCCAGCAUCAACCUGACGGCCGCCCUGGGCUCCUUGGCCACCAUCGCUCGCCAGCGGCCGAUGUUCAUGGCCGAGGUCAUCCAGGCCUACGAGACCCUGCACGCCAACCUGCCCCCCACCCUGGCCAAGUCGCAGGUCAGCAGCGUCCGCAAGAACCUGAAGCUGCACCUCCUGAGCGUCCUGCGGCACCCAUCCUCGGGGGACUUCCAGCCCCAAAUCACCACCCUGCUGGUCGACCUGGGCACCCAACAGGCCGAGAUCGCCCGCAGCACCCCCGCCCCCCGCGACGCCCGCAAGCGCCCCCGCGACGAGCCCGACGCCGCCCUCAAGAAGAUGAAGAUCGAGCCCCCCCUGGGUGAGGAUGACGAGGACAAGGACCUGGAGGCCCCGGUGGCCCCUGUCCCCAAAAGUGGGGGCCAGGCCAGCGCCCCCUCGGACACCGACAUCACCGCGGAUUUCCUGCAGCCCCUGCUGACCCCCGAGAACGUCGCCAACCUGGUGUUGAUCAGCAUGGUGUACCUGCCCGAGGCCAUGCCCGCCUCCUUCCAGGCCACCUACACCCCCGUGGAGUCGGCGGGCACCGAGGCGCAGAUCAAGCACCUGGCGCGCCUCAUGGCCACCCAGAUGACGGCGGCGGGGCUGGGGCCCGGCGUGGAGCAGACGAAGCAGCUGAAGGAGGAGCCCAAGGAGGAGAAAGCCACCAAACCCGAGAGCGUGGUCAUCAAGCGCCGCCUCUCGGCGCUAGCCCAGGGCCAGGCCAUCUCCGUCCUGGGUUCCCAAGGCUCGGCCACCAACCUCUCCGAGGAGGAAGCCCCCCAAGCCAAGCGCCGCCCCGAGCCCAUCAUCCCGGCCACGCAGCCCCGGUUGGCAGGCGCGGGCGGGCGCAAGAAGGUUUUCCGCCUGAGCGACGUCCUGAAGCCGCUGAGCGACGCGCAGAUGGAGAAGCUGAAGCUCAGCGCUGUCACCCGCAUCCUGCGCGCCGAGAGGGCUGUGGCCUGCAGUGGGGCUGCUCAG